AUACUUUGAAAGAUUAGAUGUUGACUGCCGAUCAGACGAAAUUUCGAUCAGAUAAUAACAAAUAUUUCCAAUCUAUAUCAUAAAUUGGAACAACACAUAUAAGCGAACAAUUGUUUUCAAUUAGAUCAUCAUCAGGCUUUACUCUAAUAUACAGUAAUAUUUAAACGAAAAUGUUAAACCAAUCAAGGCAAUUUUGGGUCAGUAAUUAUAAUGAAAUGGGAUAAGUCAUCAAUGUGCAUCUACAAAUUCAGCUGCUCCUGUGGAGAUAGCUAUGUCGGGCGUACAACCAGACAACUUAGCCAACGAAUGAGUGAACAUCUACCAACUUGGUUCAUAAACGGCCAGAUAAAAACAGUACGCAGUUCAAUCCUGGCACAUCUUAUUGAUAGUGGUCAUGCGGUAGAUAAAUCGAAAUCAUUUCGAAUGAUCUAUCGUGUACCGCCAUCAUUUCCCAAUGGAGUUCGUUCCCGUCUCCUACAUAUAGCUGAAGCCAUAGGAAUCCGUACAUGUUCGAAAAUGGGAGAAUCCGUACAUAUAACCCCAAUCUAUGUGUACAGAAGAAAUUUGUAACUCCCCUAUCCCUUCCAUAGCCAGUUAUCACUUAACUAACGAUUAAUUUUUAUUUCUUCAUUUUUCUUUUCUUUAUUUUUCUUUUCUUUAUUUUUCUUUUAUUAUUAUUAUUAUCAUUAUU